AUGAUCAUGUCACACUUCGAGCAGUUAUCCGAUGAAGUAUUGGUAAAUAUAUGUUCUUACUUAAAAUUUGUUGAUAUUUUAUACGCCUUCGAUGGUCUUAAUGAACGUUUCAGAAUUAUCACACAGUUAAAAAGUCAUAUUGAAAUAGAUUUAUCCGGUGUAUCAUUCAAACAAUAUGAAUUUAUAUGUGAUUAUUUUUUGUUUGAUAAAAUAUUAUCAAACAAGGUAUAUUCUUUAACGUUAAGUAACAAAUAUGCACCGAGACAAAUCACACUGUUUAAUAAACAAUUUGUAAUUUAUCAAAUAUUUCCUAAUCUUAAAUGUUUAAAAUUGAUUGAUUUUGAUGAAUCAUCAACAAAAAUAUUAUCAACGCUGAGAUAUUUCAAACAUUUAAGUGAAUUCUAUUUGACCAUAAAUAAUGAUUGGACAUCAACUUUCGACUAUUAUUCUCGAAUAUUUGCUCAACAACAUCUACUAAAUAAAAUUUCAUUUAAUAUUCAAAAUGGUAUAGAAUUGACUAAAACAACCCACGAUAUAAAACCAUGUUAUACUAUCAAAAAAGUAAAAAUAUCAUUAAAAACAAUGUCAGAUUUACUAAAAUUAUUUGAAAUUACACCAAAUAUUUAUGAUUUAAACGUUCAUAUUCAUUCAUAUGAUAAUAAUGAAUGGCAACAGAGUUUAAAACGUAUAAACAUCAUACAAAAUUUAGUUUAUUUUAAUUUUAAAAUUUAUCAAUAUAAUGGUAUAAAAUUUGAAGAUUUUUCAAAUUUAUUGCGUAAAUUUACAUCAUUGAAAAUAUUAACAAUUGAUAUUUAUACAAAUGAUAUUACUUAUCUUAAUGGAUGUGAAUGGGAAUAUUUAGGAAAAUUAUUUAUGCCAAAAUUAAAAAAAUUUUUUUUUUCUAUUCGAUUACAAAUAUUAAAUACACUUAUUCCGGAUAUUAAUUCUAUUUUAUCAUCAUUUCAUAGUGAUUAUUGGCAUAAUUUAAAUAUUAAUAUUUCUCAUUAUUAUGAUAUAAUUGAUUCAAUGAAAUUAUUUAUAUUACAUACAAUACCAUAUAAAAAUCAAACAUUUCAGAUCUCACUUACACAAUCAAUAACUAAUAUUUAUUCUACAGUAAAAACAUUAUCAUUAUAUGUACCAUCUGCUGGUGUUCAGAUAUCAUCUUUUUAUUUUACUAUUAAACAAUUUCCAAAUUUAUGUGAAUUAGAAAUUAUUAAUAGUACAAUUCGACAAAAAGGAGUUUUAACAACAAAUAAUAAUAAUAAUAAUAAUAAUAAUAAUGAAAAUUUAUAUAUUUCAUUAUCAAAUUUACGUCAUUUAACAAUAACAAAAAAUACAAAUGAUAUUUUUGCUUUACAAUUAAUUGAAAUGACACCAAAUCUAUCUAAUUUAACAAUUGGAUAUAAUGAACUAUUAUCUAUAAUUCAACAAUCAAUGACUAAUAAUAUUAUUGUACGAGAUAUAUUAGAACGAAUAUGUUAUUUAGAAAUUGUUGUAGAAUGUUAUAGUGAUAAUAAAUCAAAAUCAAAAAUUAUCAAAGAUCUUUCCUCUAUAUUUAUUAGUGUAAAAUAUUUAAAAUUUGAAUUUACUCAUGCAUCAUGGAAUGAUUAUCAUUUACUUUUAAUUGAAAAAUAUUUUACAAAUUUAAUUCAUUUUCAAAUUUAUAGUGCUACAUUACUUUCUAAUAAAAAUAUUUGGUAUAAUCAACAACAAGAAACAUUUCCAUUAUUGAAGAAAGUUUAUAAAUUUAAAAAAGUUCGUUUUCUUUCGCCGUCAACAUCACCAACAAGAUCAACAGAGAAUAUUUACACUAAUUUACAACAGUAA